AUGCAAAAGCUGCUUCUGUUAGGUGCAGAAGAAUAUGAACUAUUUGAAUACAGGCUCGUUCUAGGGGUAUUGGAUAUUGAAAUUGAAGGUGAUACUAAAGUGGGAUGUAGGUCUUGUGAUCUUGCCUUAUUAGCUUAUCGUCGUCAAAUCAAUCGUCAAGGGUUCUAUGUUUUCUUCGUUGAGCUUAGGGAAAUAACAUUUUUAUCUCCUGUUGUUCAGUUAUGUGAGGAGUGUCAAAUGCUCGUAGUUGUGGUUAAACAAGGUGCUCAACCUACUUAG